UAGGUAUUUGUUAUCUGGUUCAGUUGAACCAGUUAUAAUCCCUUUUCCCCACCCGCGAGCUGUGGCCCUAACGCAGAAAUCCCUCUUUCCCCCUUCGUUUCUGCACGGCGGCGGAGUUCCUCACGGCAGCAGCGGCGGCGGCUUCUUCCCCUCCUUACCGAAUGCCAGAAAAUAAAUCAGUGAUCGGGCUUGUGUGGGCUCCUAAGGUGCCUCCUUUAUUUGGAGUAAAAAACAGCUCAGAGAAGUUGCACAAUCAAACAAAAGAUCCUGUUUUGACACCUGGCACCGAGCUUGUGGAUGGCUUAUAUGUACCUCCUUGGGAUCCUCGAAAGAUGAAUAAGUUGCUGAAGAAAAAUAUGAAAGAUACAGCUGGUAGAAGUUGGUUUGAUAUGCCUGCUCUUACCAUUACCCCUGAGAUAAAGAAAGAUCUUGAGAUUCUGAAGUUGAGACACGUUAUAGAUCCGAAAAGGCAUUUCAAGAAAGGAGACAACUCCAAGGCACUCCCAAAGUACUUUCAGGUAGGAACUGUUAUUGAACCUGCAUCUGAGUUCUUCUCAGGUAGACUGACGAAGAAAGAGAGGAAGACAACGUUGGCUGAUGAACUGUUACAUGAUGAUGCCCUUAAGGCUUAUAGAAAAAGAAAGAUCCAAGAGAUCCAGGAGUCCCACCAACCUGGUGGUGUUGAGAAGUGGAAGAACAAGGGACGUCAAACAUGGAAACGGGCCAAACAAAGAAGGAAAUGAAUUUUCCAUGUUAUGGGAGGGAGGCUGAUCUGCAAAUAUAAACAGGCAUUGCAGAUACCCUGAGAUGGAUAGAAGAAAGAUGAGUGAGUGCCAUUAGCUUAAGCCAAAACCAUUGUGAAAAUGAAUGUCAUGUUGCGAAUGCCCUCCAAUACAUUGGCAUUUUAUGUUUUUCUUUGGUUGGUAGGUGUGUCAAACAUCCAUGACUAUGUGCCUUAGAAUUUGGCUUACUGAGUUUUGGAGACCUCCAAAUUAGGCUUUUGGUCUAUUCUUAUUUAAUUACAAUCCUGUAUCAACAGUGAAUUGUCAUGAACUGCCCUUUUCAUACUUC